AAAACAAGUUUUUUGUAUUCCCGAAUUUAAAAUGUUGUGGUUAAGAAAUCCUAGAAAUUUCAGCAGUAUUUUUGAAAAUGAUAAACUUUUUCAAAGUUCUUAAAAGGAGUUUGACUUUAGCAGUUAAAAGAUAAAGUUUUCGUAUUUUCGGAAUAUAGAACAUGUUUAUGGAGUCGAAGGUUUUCUAAAAAUAUGUUAUGCUAAUUAUAUAAUAGCAUUUUUUUUCGCUUAUACACCCCUUCCAUGAUUAGCAUAAUGGCUUGCGGUGGUUAAAUUGUUUAUAUAGAAAAGAGCGAAAAAAAACGUAGUUCAAAAGAAAUAAAUAAUAGAGAAAGGGGUAAACCGUAAACCUCAUUGACAGAGUUCAACAAUUUAUUACCCUACCAGUGACUUAUUAAACGCAGUUAGGCAUGAAUAGACGACGACGACGACAAGGAAAAUCGUGAGAUGCUCCAGUAGACACGGGGAAGGAGAGCAAGGAGGUAGGAGUACUUACAUUACUCGUAAAUUGAGGUGCCUGGGUUAGACCGGGUAGCUGGGUAGUCGGGUUCUUCCCAGGGCAAGCAUAUAGCAUAGCGAUUUGCAUUUGUUGCUCCCUGGCACGCCAAACAUAAUUGUGAGUUGGACUCGGUCCUGGGGAGCUGGCGAUGAACCGCCUUUUUUCGAUGAGUCGCAAUCGCAAUCAAUUGCGGUUGUCCCUGGCAACGUGGAAUUUGUUAAUUCAAUGUUUAUUUUACCCUAACCCCAAAGAAGGAGCGCCAAACUAUGUUCUUAAUGGCGGCUUCGCUCUUCCUGGGCUUGGGACUUCCUUAUGCUACAAAUGGUCUGGCAUUGCUCGAUUGGAGCUCAGUCGUUGCUGUUCCACCGAGAACAUCAGUUCAGAGACUAAGGACGCGUUCUAUUAGCGAGUGAUUAAUAUUGUGUGUGUUUUUGUUAUUCGCGGCACCGAGUCCCGAUUCCGAAUCCGAUUCCGUCCCUCCAAGGGACGUUGCGUAUUUCCGCAUUCUUGCAAAUUUGUGUCAAUUGCCCAAAACAGAAGGCGGCUCUCGAGCACAAGUAGACGACGAGUGGUGAAGGUGGUGGAAGUGGUUGUGGUGCAAGUAGAAGUGGAAGUGGAAGUGGGAGUCGAACUCCAAGAACGGGCGUGGUUGUGUUACCUUUUACCCCGUUGUCGGUUAAACGUUACCGGUUGCCAUUGUCAAGUCAUUUUGGUGUCUUUAGAGCGAACCACACGAUAACUUGAUGAGUAUUCAAUUGAAGCUCAAUCAGUUAACAACAUUCGCAAUAUUCGGUGCUUCCCCAUAACGCAUUUACGGUGAUCUCCCAGUCUUGUGCUCUCUCUUAGUAGAUAAUUCCCGAGAAAUGCAAGCGUAUCGCGAUAACUUCAAGCAAACGCCUUGCCCAACGGCCGUCGACCUGCCAACCGGAGGAGGAGGAGGAGCAGGUGGAGGUGGAGUUGGCACAACAUCCACGCGUCUGCCUUUCUCACGCAAGCCCAACAGCCAAGCCGCCGCUGCCGCUGCUUCUGGAGCUAUUACACCUCGCAUGAUGAGUCCCGCUCCACCGCCGGGUUCAGCUCCUGCUUCGGGCGCCGACUGCUCCACGAAUGCGCUGCUGCGUCAGAACCAGGAGCUGCGCCAGCGCCUGGCAGAUGAAUCGCACAGCUAUCGACGACGUCUGGAUACCUACAAGCAGGCGCAGCACAAUCAGGCUAAUCUGGUCAGCCGUCUGCAAUCGAAGAUCCAGCAGUACAGGCAACGUUGCAGCGAUCUCGAGGAUCGCAUGCACGACACCAUCAAGCCCACGACUACGACGACGUCAGCGACGGCACCCAAGCUGACCACAGGACCAACAGCGAGUCAGGUGUUGUGCUCUACUUCGCUGACCUUAGGACAGAGUAGUCUGCCCUGCAGUUCCUCGCUGGACUCGCCUCCACCGAGCUGUAGUCGCGACUAUCUGCUGGACGAUGGCAGCGGCGAGUUGUGCCGCAAGCUGGACGAGGAGCGGAAUCGUUGCGAGCAGAUUGUGGCGCAGAACAGCGCUUUGCGCCAGCAGCUGGAGGAAUCGAAUCGCACUAACGAGGCGCUGACGAAUGAUCUGCAGAAGUUGACCAACGAUUGGGCGAGCAUGCGUGACGAGCUGCUGAUCAAGGAGGAUGAGUUCAAGGAGGAGGAACAGGCCUUCAAGGACUACUACAACAGCGAGCACAAUCGUCUGCUCAAGAUGUGGCGCGAAGUGGUCGCUGUGAAGCGUGCGUUCAAGGAUAUGCAGUCGGCCAUGAAGGCGGAGGUGGCCAAGAUGGGUCAGGAGAUCAAUGGUGUGGGCAAGGAUAUCAAUUGCUCCAACUCCUCGAUGGCCUUUGCGCUGCAACAAGCGAAACGCGCUUCCGACGAAGAACUCAAGCAAUCGAAGCGUGUUCAGGAUGAGCUGCAGGCUCAGCUUGCGACGCUGAAGGUGCAAUAUGAGAGCGCACGCCACGAGAUCAUGGAGCGUGACCAGCGGCUGUUGGAGCUGAUGAAUCAGCUGAAAAAGCUGGAAGAUCGCUGCGCUCAGGCCGAAUCGCAGGCUUCGCUCGCUAAUCGCUACAAUGAUGAAAUCGAGCGUCUGAACAACUCGAUGCGCGAGAUUGCCCAAGCGGUUGUACAAGACGCCGAGAUCGCGGAUCGCGAGGCCGACGCCGAGGUCAAUCCGGCCAUGCAGCACAUGCAUCUAACGCGUGACUCCGCCUCCGUAGCGGGUGGCGCUGGAGGCGCUUCUGUUGGCGGAGGCGGCGGCGGUAAAUCGCCACGACGCAAUUCGACGCGCGCCUCACAAGCUUUUGCCGAAGGCACAAUUUCAGCGGUACAGGCGGCGCUGCACAAGUAUCAGUUGGCUCUGCAUGACAUGCAGGUCAAGUUCCAGCACAGCAGCGAAACGUUGCGCAACACACGCACCCAACUGGACACCAGCGAGGGCACCAAACAGCUGCUGACCAACAAGAUGCAACAGCUCACCGAGAAACUCGAUUCAAGUAACUCUAAACUCUCCGAGCUGCUUCAGGAACGCGAGAGUCUGCAGAAGACCCUGGACGAUGUCCGGGUUCAGAAGCAACAGUCCGAAAUGGGGCGUGCCGAUCUCAACAAUGCGUUUGAGAACCUAAGCGGUGACUUUGAGAAGCUACAGCUGAACUAUGGGAAACUGCAGAAACGCAUUGAUUCCAUGGAGGAGGACAAGAAGGCCGUGGAACUUGAGAUACAGCGCAUACUAAAGGACAAGAACAUAACCGAAUUGAAUCUAAGAUCCGAAGAGGAUCGCAGCAGUCGAUUGAGAGAGGAAACGAUCUCACUGCGCGAGGAGCUGAAUCGCGUAAGUCUCAACAGGGAUUUGCUAGAGCAACAGCGCAUUGAGUCGGACAAUCUGAUAGGUUUGCUGGAGAAGCAAAAGGUUGAUCUGGAGUACGAUCUGGAUAAGAUACUGAUGGAGAAGUGCGAUCUGCAGGAGAAGCAUGAGAAGCUAUCAAACAACAAUUGCUCAACGAGUGACGAACUAAAGUCGGUACAGAGUUGUCUUAUGGAUGCCCAGGAGGAGCGCAAGAAACUCCGACUGCAAUCAACGGAUCAGGCCAAUGAAAUAGGUGAACUAAAGAAGGAGCUGGCUGUGCUGGACAAGGCGCGUCUUGAGCUAGAAACCGACAAUUUGUCCUACAGCGAAAAGCUCAAGUGUCUGCAGCUGGAGAAGGAGAAAAUCCUGCAGGAUCUCGCUUGCAUGACGCGAGAGAAGUGCGACAUUCAUAACCAACUGACAGCCACCUGUCGUAAGAAGGAGACACUCAACGAGGAGCUGAUGCGGACUCGGCAGCGCUUGGAGCAGACCACCGAGACAAACAGUCGCCUCAAUCGGAAUAUUGAGGAUAUGGUAAAGGAUGUGGAGGAGAAGCAGGUUGUCAUUGACCUGCACGAGAAGGACACGCAUCGCUUGAAUGAACUGCUCGCUGCACUUCGCUCUGAGAAGGAAUCCCUCGAGACGGUGCUCUUCGAUACGAACACCACAUUGGAGGCGGUGGAGGAGAAGCGCAGCCAGUUGGAGCGUGACUUACAGGAGGCUCUUGUUCGCGAGGAAUCGCUGAAGAAUCACGUCGCUCGACUUCAAAAGGAUUUGGAGAUUUGCCAGCGAAAGGCGCAGGAGACCAAGACGCAGCUCAUCAAUGCAGCUCGCGCUGCUGAGAGCGAGUUCAACCAGAAGAUUGCCGGUCUACAAGCUGCCGCAGAGGAUGCUUCCAAGCGACAUGGCGACGAGGUGCUGCAGCUGCGUAAUGCUCUGGAAAAACGCAUGCAGCAGGCGCUUCAAGCACUCCAAACCGCUAAGGACGAUGAGAUCGAGAAGCUGCAGGAACGUUUGGCUGCUCUGCAAGCUCACAUUGAGAGUCUCGUGCAGCAGCAUGAGGAAACCUUGAUUCGUGCCGAGAAUGAGAAGCAACAGGCGCUGUUGAUGGCGCAUCGCGAUAAGCAGGCGGUGGCCGAGCGCCUAGAGUCCGUGUCACGAGAUCUCAAGCAGGAGCAAGAGGCACUGGAUCGCAGCAAGCGUGAGGCGAAUGCACGAGACGAGAAACAACGCGGAGCGAUUGCACAGCUUAAGGACGAGAUUGUGCUGAUGCGUACCAAGGAGGAGGAACACAAGAUCAAGCUGGAAGAGUGCAUACGCAAGCAGGAGCUGCAGUUGAACAGUCUACGCGAGGAGCGUGAUACACUGUGCCGCAUGAGCGAGGAGUUCAAGAUGGAGAUUCGCCUCAAGGAGGAUAAAAUGGAGGGCACCAACAACGAGCUGCAGGAUGCGUUGCGCAAGACCAAAGAAGGUGAGGGUUACAUAGAGAGCUUGCGUAAGGAGUUGACCGAUAGUCGUCGCCAGUUGGCGGACAGCAACAUUGAGCGUGACAAGUACUCGACGAGCAACAAGGAGCUGCGUGAUCACGUGAAGCGUGUGGAGAGCGCCAAGCGGGAGCAAGCACGUGCCAUUGAGGAAGCCUUGCAGAAGAUAAGCACGCUAGAGGAGACCAGGAAUAGUUUGGAGAACGAACGCACGCGUUUAAGCACUAUCUUGAAGGAGACGGAGAACAACUUCACCAAGACCACGCAGGAACUCAACUCUACAAAGUCGACGCUGCACAAAACCCAGAUGGAGUUUGCCCAGAAGGACGAAGGUGGCAAGGAGCUGCAGAAUAAGCUAUCCGCUGAGGUUGAGCUCAAGGAGCGCGCACAACAGGAACUCUGCCAGAUCAAGAAGCAGUUGGCCGAUCUAGAGGCUAAUCUCUGCGCCACUCGCCAGGAAUUGGGACGCGCACGCUGUCAUAACAACCAGGAGGAGCAUCGCUUCCAUGCUCGCGAACAGGAGCUUGCCACCCGCAUGGAGGAGGCACGCGGUCGCGAGAAGCGUCUCGAGGAUCAGAAGCACAAUCUGGAAGUGUGUCUAGCGGAUGCCACUCAGCAAAUUCAAGAGCUAAAGGCACGUCUAGGCGGUGCCGAGGGUCGCAUUCGGGCACUGGACGAGCAGUUGGCCUGCGUGGAGCUGCACAAGCGCGACGUGGAUCACAAGCUGAGCUCCGUGGUGCACACGCUGCGUCGCAUCGCAGGCAUUCAAGUGGAUGGCAGUGUGAAUCUCUCGCACCGUCUGCUCAGUCCCUCCCGCAGAUUUAGUCCCUCACGCAGCGUUGGCGAUUACGAUACACGCAGCACCUCGCAGUGUCCCGAUGCCCCCGUGGAUGUGGAUCCCGAUCUGGUACGCAAGGGCGUGCGCAAUCUGAUGCAUCAGGUGGCACAGUUGGAGCGCGAGAAGGAUGAUUACAAGUCGCAGUUGGGCGCGGCCAAGAAGCAGCUUCAGGAUGCCGCCGAGCAGCAAUUGCGUUGCGAUGCCAAGCUGGGCAAACUUCAGGCGAUGCUGCGCAAUCUACAGGAGGAGAAGAGCAACUUGGAGACCGAUCGCAAGAUGAAGAUCUCCGCAUUGAAUGCGCUCGAGGAGAAGCUCAAGCAGCGAACCGAUGAGCUGCAAAUGAUGCGCGAGCGUCUUGCUCAAACGGAAAUGCAGUUGGCCGCAACGUCCGAGGAGAACGGACAGAACGAGGAGCGACUGGAGAAGAGUCGCCAGCAGUGCGGUAAAUUAGAGAACGAGAAGCGUGUGCUGCAAGAAGAGUUAGCCAAGGUUGAAGGACGUGCCAGCAAACUGGACUUGCAGCGAGUGGCUAUGGAAGGUGAUUUGACACGCUUGCAAAUGGCGCUGCAGGAGAAGGACUGCAACAUCCGACAGGUGUCCGAGCGCCUGGAGAAUCAGACGCGCGCCAUGACACAGCUGGAGGAUCGCUGCACUUCGCUUAAGUCCACGGUGGAUCAGCUGAAGGAACGUCUGCAAAAAUCCGCAGUCAGCGAGACGCAGCUGCGUGGCGAGAUCAAGACGCUUCAGAAGGAGCUCUCUGAGCAGGGACAUUGCUCCCAAGCCAACGAAGACAAGCUCAAGCUGCUGCAGAAGACGCUGCAGACCGCAGAGAACGAGAAACGCAUUCUAACCGAGCGCUUGGACAGCGCACAGACGAAUCUCAACGAGCUGCGUCGCAGUCAGCAGGCGCAACUCGAUGGCAAUCAGCGACUGCAGGAACAGGUCACGGAUCUGGAGGUACAGCGCUCGGCGCUUGAAUCGCAGCUGCGCAUAGUCAAAUGGAAUCAGGAGAGCGGCGACAAAGUGGUCACUAAUGGCAAUGGUGGAGGCGGCGGCAGUCGGGAGGAGGAGGAACUGAGUCGCCAACUGAAAUCGUCGCAGCGUGAGAAGUCCGAGCUGCGCAGCAAAUUACAAACGCUGCAGGACAAGGUGAAGCAACUAGAGUGCGAUCGCAAGAGCAAGUUUGCCGGCGGAAGUGCCUACGAUCGUGCCGAGAAGUCUAGCUCCUACUACGGUGGCGACAAUGGAGAAUACGAUUCCAAUCGCUAUGACAUCGGCAAUGGCGGAGGAGGUAAUGGUGGCGGUGGAGGCGGCUACAGCUGCGGAUUGGAUCACAGCACCAUUGAGCAGGAGACGCGCGAUCUGCGCUUGAAGGUGCGACGCCUGGAGACGCUGCUGGCCGAGAAGGAGUCGGAGCUGGCGCGUUGCAAGGCGCGCAUGCAUGACAGCAGCAAGUGCAACGAUGGCCUCGAUGCGGAUCGUUAUCGCAGUGCCCAGAUGCAUGCGGAGAAGCUGCUCGAUGCACGCGAGCAAUCGCACAAGCAGCAGGUGCUACGUCUAGAGAAUCAGAUCUCCAUGCUCCGUGAGCAGCUGGCGCAGGAGGCGAAGCGAAGACAGCAGUAUGUGCUGCGCAGUUCCAAGGCGAACCGAGAGAUGCAGCAUCUGCGCAGCACUCUGGGAGACUCGCUGCGCAAUGUUUCACAGCAUCCGGUGGAUGCACAUCUGCUCGAGAGCGAGAGCAGACGCCUGGACUCUGCGGUGUCCAUGAGUCUGCCGCCGUCGACGUGUCGGGAUUACGAUCGUGACUAGAGCGGAGUGCAAUCACGUGGUCAACUCUUAACUUGAUCCCGCCAAGAACACUUUAAACUAUAACCAAUUGCAUUUACUACUAUCUAAACAAAACAUAUAACUAUAAACAUAAUCGCUGCCAGCCGAGUUACAAUCUUAUUGCAGCUGUUCAUUGUCUGCCUGGGUUAGACAAUCGAAUAUAGUGCGUUCCCCAUGAUCUCGCAUACAACUCUCCAUCCAUCUAACUAUAUCAACACACACAUUCAACAUGGACUGCCUGUUGCGUCCUACAUUAAAGGGUCACAAGUUCCGCUUCUCCUUCGAGCGUCAGGAGAGAGC